UACAAACUGGUAAACAGUAGGUAUAAGAUUUUAGUAGUUUCUAUUUUAAGUUUUAAAUUUGUGUUAAAUUAUUCAAAAUGAAUAUAAAUCCGGAUAUGGAUACAUUAUAUUCACCAAGUAAAUGGUGUAGACGUUUUAAUGGUGAUGGUGCCACAAAAUAUUUUUCAGACUUUAUACAAAGAGUUAGUAAUAAUGUUCGAACAAAAAUUCCUUGUCAAUUAAAUUUGUCAUACGGCGCAGAGUAUCAUGAAAAAAUUGAUAUUUUUGGAUUCGAUUUACCUAAAGAUGCUCCAAUUUUCGUAUUUGUUCAUGGUGGAUAUUGGCAAGAAAGCAGUAAAGACGAAUCUUGUUACAUGGCUCAAAUGUUUUAUCAAAAUGGAAUAAAAACUAUUAUUAUUGGCUUUAAUCUUUGUCCACAUGUUACGGUUGAAGGGCAAGUAAAGGAAGUUACACAGGGAGUUAAGAAAAGUUUGGAAUUAGCAGAAGAAUGGGGUGCGAAGAAAGUGGUAAUUGCCGGUCAUUCAUCUGGAGCUCACGUGGUGGCUUGCCUAUUAGAACGUCUAAAUCAAUAUACUGAAAGUCAAAGAAAACUAAUUGUUGGUUUACUUCUAGUAGCUGGAAUAUAUGAUAUUGUUCCGAUAGUGGAUACUUAUGCUAAUGAUCUUUUAUUUUUAACAAAAGAUACUGCUAGACAAAUAAGCCCCAUGUACAAAGAUAUUGAACGAAAUGACAUAAAAAUUUAUGUUUUGGUUGCUGAAUUUGAAAGUCCUGCAUUUAUUGAACAAUCUGAAAAAUACUAUGAAAAAUUAAAGAAAUUAAAUUUUAAAGUAGAAUUAAUUAAAUAUAAAGAUCAUGAUCAUUUUACGAUUAUGGAAGAUUUAGUGCACGAUACGUAUGAUAUGUCUAAAUUAAUUUUCAGUUUAUUGAAAAAUUAAGUACUUUUUUACUUUUUAAGCGAGCUGAUAAUAUUUUUAGUCAAAGCAAUACAUGGCAACCGAACAAUAAAUUAUGACAUUAAUAUUUACAAA